GCCAGGGGAGGCGAUUGUCUCCUUACGAGGUCCCCGCAAAGGUCCUUGGCUACCCUCCCCAUCCCUGUGCAGCCACUCCUUCAGAUCUACGAGAAGGAAGAUGUACAAAACGAGUGUGUUCACAACUGCCCAGAGAACACAGGAAAAUCUCCCGGUGGCGGACUGCAGCUCAGCUCAGAUCGUUAAACAGCCACGGAAGAAGAAGCACACCCCAAGACCCCCAAUCAAAACUCGCCACUCCCAACGGCGACCUCCCCAGCAGAAAGUGGGGCCUGGCCGGAGCUGCUCAUCCCAGGGUUUAAACACUGGCAAGAGCCCACAUAGGAUAGCACCGCAAAGCCAAGAGUGCAGGCUGAAGAUCUGCUAUGGCAACCAGGAGGGAUCUCUGGCCAAGCUCCCACCGGAAUCCAAAGUCGGGAUCGUUUCUCCAAAGAUGGCCAGCAAACAGAGCUUGGGACAUUCGAACAGUUCUCGGGCGAAAGCUAAAGAAAGAACUGUGUCCGGCAAAGGGGUGAGCAAAACAGAACACCCACAGCCACUGCCACCUCCUGAAAAGCCUGGAAAGCUUAACAACACAAUAGAUAACCAAAGCUCAGACAGAAGGGUGAAACCCACUGCGAUGGAAAAGAGGCCGUAUCAGACAAUCUCUGAGUACCAGUUUAUAUAUCCAGGAAAGGCGGUUUUCCAUUGCACCAGAGAAACCAUGAAGCAACGGCUGCGCUCCAUCUACCUCACGAACCAGAAACGACUCAAGCAAAGGACUUCUCAUGCCCAGGGGGAUGUCAACAAAGCCCAGAGGGCAAACCCCAGCGCGGAUGCCAAACACCCUGUCGAUGGCGGGCUCUUGGGAACGGCGCCUCCGGGACUGCCAGGCCUGACGUACAAAAUCAAUAAGCUGGUGCUUGUGAGUGAGAAAACACGGGCGCCCCCCGAAAACCCUCCGUGCACCCUGGCCGGGAACUGGCACGCCGCCCCGCCCGAGCACCCGCUCUCCCCCAAAAGGUCAGCCCCGCAAGUCAACGCCUCCCAGAGGUCGGGCGCUUUUCCGGAAAGGAAAGUCCGCCAGGAAGGGCACGGCGCGGCGGAACAGAGGUGUGACCCAGACCUGUAUCUCCAAGGAAUCACGCUCAACCUGCCCCACGUUUGUUCCCCAAAGACCCCACGGCCAAGAGCAAUGUCCGCCAAGGACUGCUACGAAAAGCCUCCGCCGCCGAUGUUUGGGGAAGAGGACCCAAACGGAGCAUCUCCCGGGAGAGAAGACGGCGUCAGGAGCAGCCCGAGGAAAACCGCCGUCACGCACUCCAGGAGCGCCAUCGUCAUUCCGACCGCCAGCCGGUUCUUGUCCAACGAGAGCGUCAGUGCUGAGCUGGCGGGCUCAAACAAUGCCCCGUCGUCGGUGGCCGAGGCGGGACAGCCUGUGCCCCAUUAUGUGGCUUUUGGCCAAGCCGUGGUGAGGGACGCCAGGCGGGCAGGCAUUCUUGCCGCCCACCCCAUCCUGGUGGGGAGAAAGGACAAGGCCACGCCCUCGUAGCCCCAGAGAGUGGGAAACCUGAGCCCUCCAGCUUGGACACUUGGGAGACUGCUGACCCUAGAAGCGUCCUGGCUUACAGGCUGAGCCGGAGCGACCAUGCGGAGCUUUUUCUUUGUACUCGCCAGGGACUAGCCCCGUGAAAAGCCUGGCUGAGAUGCUUAUUUCACAAAUCCGUUUUAAAGGGAAAUGUUUCAGAAUCAAAGCUGCCCUCGUCUUAACUGCCUUCUCGGCCCUACGGGUUUCUACGCUGGUUCCUUGCGGCUCAAUGCACGACACUUGAUUGGCAGGGGGACGGGGUGAGGAAAGAGCCAAAUGCUGUUGAAAUAA